AUGAGCGGAACUUUGAUGAUAUGCGGGAUCCCGGAAGAUCUCAAGAAAAACCUGCAUUCGUUCAGGUUCUCCAAGAGUACUUCUAUGAAUGUUCUUAUCUUGAAAGUUGAUCGUGAAACUCAGCAAAUGAUUUUGGAUGAAACUAUGGAGGACUGCUCUAUUGAUGACGUUCGUGAAGAACUUCCUCACCAACAACCACGAUUUCUGCUGAUAAGCUAUGCUUUACGUCACACUGAUGGACGGGUGUCGUAUCCAAUGUGCUUGGUUUUCUACAGUCCACCCGGAUGCUCACCUGAACUACAGAUGAUGUACGCGGGUAGUCGGAACAAUUUAGUCCAGGAAUGCGAACUUACAAAGAAUUUCGAAAUCCGUGAUUCGGAAGAGCUAACUAAGGAAUUCUUGGAUUCAAAGCUUGGUUAG